UGUCAUAUUAUAAUUUAUAUCAAACAUAUUUCAAUCUAAAUUUUCGUUUUCCAGGUAAUUUUAAAGCUGUCACCAAAUUAUGUCGGAAACAGAACAGAAAAGCUUAAAUAGCUUGGAAGCUAAUGGCAUGCCUAAAGAAAUAGAAUCGGACAUAACGACCAUUGAAAGAUCCUCAGAACUGGAGAAACUUAUAACAAUAACCUUGGAACAGAUUGAAUCGAUUUCCCACGAAGACGAUCUUACCGAUAAAAACAUAUUGAAUGUUUUAGAAAAUUUCAAUAGAAAGGAACUUUUGAACUUUGAUACGGUCUACAAUGAGGUUCAGAGUAUUAAAAAGUUACAGGAUAAUAAUAAUAAGCAAAUGCAAGCAGUGGAUCAGGACAUAGCUGAUAUAUUUAUGGAUUUGCAUAAUAUUUAUAUGCGUCUGGAAAAACUGGAUAAAAGUGGCAGGAAGUUAAGCAGUCCGAAAAAAUCACAGUUGUUAAAACAUGUCAAGGAAUCUGAGAAUUUGCUGAGUCGUUCUCGGCAUUAUCUUUCAAACGAUCCCAGGGAAAUGAAUGCCAUGCUUGUGGGCCCACCAAAGGAACCCGAAUAAUCUUCCAUUUCUAGGUUGUAUAAAACGGAAGUAUCUGAAAGUACCGAAAGUACCGAGAGGCAUGCCUUUCUGACCAAUAAUGAUUAAGAAAUCUGCUAAUCAAGACUUAGCAGAUGUUUUGGAAAAUAAUUCAAUGUAAGAAUUUUUCGAAUAGAAAAUAUAGCUUUCAAUUUGUA